AUGUCCCGAAUAACUAAAGGUACAUCGUCAAAUAAAAUAACAACAACAUCAUCAUCACCAAUAACGAAUAAAAGAUCUCAAUCAUCAUCAUCACUUAUAUCAUUAAUGAGAUUGAAAAAUCACAAUCGUCAUUCAAAUGUAAGUUUAAUAGAUAAAAAUACAUCUUUAUUAUCACAACGUAUAAAUACAUCAAAAUAUCUUGCUGAACAACGUGCUAAAGCUCGAGAUAUUGUAUUAGGUUUACAACGUAAAAAUAUAAAACUAAUUGCUAUUGAUUUUGAUAAUACAUUUUUAUCAAUACAUACAAAUGGUUAUUAUCAAGGAACAGUUGAUAGUUUAUUAGGUUAUAUAAGAUCAACAUUUCAUUACUUUAUUCAUGAAAUUCUUGAUUCAUCAGCAUUCAAUCAAACACUUCAUGUUUGUAUUGUAUCAUUUUCAUCUCAAGAACAACUUAUAAGAAAAUUACUUCAAUUAGCAUUUAAAACAUCUAAAACAGAUCGAAUUAUAAUUCGUUGUAAUACGCCUGAAUUUGUUGCACAUAUGGAUGAAGAUUUUCUUGGUAAAGAAUAUCAUUUGUCAUCUGUUGUUACUGAAUUAGCAACACGACGAAAUAAAACAAUUAAACCAAAUGAAAUUCUUUUACUUGAUGAUGAUGUACAAAAUAUUUUAAUUGCUGAAGAAUUUGGUCACAAAGUACUUGAAAUUCGUGAUGAAAUUAAUUUAGACAUUUUAAAAGAUUUUGUUUAUAACAAUUUACCUGACAGUUAA